AUGGCACCUGAAAAGCGAAAUCAUUUUCUUGACGCGGACGAGAGCGACGAUGACCAAAGCCAAGGCUACAACUCAGAGGCGGAGGAAUUGACCAAAGGCGGGCGGUCAGCCAAGCGGAGGAAGAUCGGCUCCGGCAGCGACAUUGAGGAUGACGACGACUUUAGCGAUCAAGACGAGGACAAUUCGGUCCCGUCACCGACUCAACAACUGCAAGAUGAAGACGGCGCAUCGAUACGGAAUGGUACACAACAAGGAGAUGGGCAUGAGGAAGACGGUGCGACUUUGCGACCAAACAAGUCCAAGGACGCUGGCCCUAAACUGCGCACGGAUGCCGCAAAUCCGCUGAAAAAGAACCUUGUCGUCACGGACAAGCAAAUCAAGAAGUCUGGUGUUGUGUACCUGUCGCGCAUCCCACCGUUUAUGAAGCCGUCCAAAUUACGCUCCUUGCUGGUUCCCUACGGCAAGAUCAACCGCAUUUUCCUCUCGCCAGAGGACCCAGAAGCCCGCAAGCGGCGACUCAAGGCCGGCGGCAACAAGAAACGCUGCUUCGUGGACGGCUGGGUCGAGUUUCUGGACAAAAAGGACGCAAAGGCAGUGGCAGAGGUGCUGAAUGGACAAACGAUUGGUGGAAAGAAGGGGUCCUACUACCGGGAUGACAUAUGGACGCUCCUGUAUCUCAAGGGUUUCAAGUGGCACAACCUGAUGGAGCAAAUCGCGGCAGAGAAUUUGGAACGUGCAAACAGGAUGCGGGCAGAAAUUGCCAGGUCAACCAAGGAGAACAAGGAGUUUGUUAGGCAAGCCGAGAGGGCAAAGGUGUUGGAGGGUAUACAGUCCAAGAAGAAGGCCAAGGGCCGGGACGAGGAAGUUGAGAAGGCAGAGAAUGAUGGCGGGGCUGUAAAGUCAAGGUCGAUGAAGUUUGAGCAGGUUCAUGUGGCUUCCAAGAAAGAAACGACAGAACCUCCAGCCCAAGCGCAGAAGACGCUACGGACAUUGUUUUAG